GCUAAGCCGUGAAAACUGUCAAAACGCGCCCAUCUAAUCACGUGACAUGCUGACAUCACACUUCCAAGUUGUUAGGCCAUCAGCUAUCAACCCUAAACAGAAUUCUAUUGAGAUAUAUACAACCUAGCAAUGAGUUCUUCAGCGGCAGAUUGGGAAUACCCCGAGCACAGACAAUUCGAGCGCGUUCCAACUCUCGAUCAAGUUGACUCCAAUGACCGCAAAGCCGUCUAUGCCGCUCGUGAACAGAAGAUUCGCGAUGACUGGGUUAAGGCAAUGGAAGCUCGCAUCAUCCGUGACCAACUUUCAAAAUGCUACAAGACAGAAGGCGUCAACCACUACCAAAACUGCCGAGAACUUGCAGACAUGUACUUGAAGGCUGUCAAGGAGAACAAGGUUGAAGGUUUCCGUAAGAAGCCCGCUACGGAAGCAUAGACAAUACAUUGUUAACAAUGAAAGAAAUGUUGUACAUUGCCAAAGAAUUUGAUUUAUAGUAAUAAAACUGGAUUACCACCAUCACACGACUUGCAAGGUCUAUAAUUUUUCUAACGUCUGCUAUGGUGAUCAAUAUACUUCCACUAUUGAAUUUCA